AUGUGGAAAAGGGCCAAAGUUCUUUGUUCUUGGUGUGGAUUUCACACAAGGCAUUCCACUCUGGUCACCGAGCAAUCAACACCGAGUUACUCGAGCCAUCUUAAGGUUUGGACUCUGGUCGUGUGGGUUAUCCUUCAUUCCAAGCCCGCAGUUACUUGGCAGCUAUUGAUUUAUUACCAGAAACAUCUCAGUUGGCCAUAUGUGAAAACCAAAAAUGGCAAAUGGAGGUACCAGAGGGCAUACUCGAAACACAGUAAGCAUUGGUGUGUGUGGCUCAAAAAAGUGGAAACAGAAUACAAGUACAUCCCAGACAUGAUGACAAUGACUCUACAUGGAGAACAAAACAAUGAGAAGCAGAGUGGAGAUGUUGGAGACGGAUUUGAAAAGAAUCACCUCCACAAUUGCACCUAUUGUUCUUCGACCAACAUUAAAAAUUGUUGCAGGACAGAAAUCUCGCUUUGGGUCCAAAUACUGAAGACAAUCUUACCUGUUAUAGUCCUCAUAUCGAAUGGCAUGUAUCGUAAUCACAUUCCCUCACUUGCCUUCUGCCCCUUCCUCAUGGAUAUUUCCAAACUCAAACUGAAAGAAGAUAAAAUCUUACA